GUUGUAAGGUUUCCGCUGUAUCCUUAUCAAUCGAUGACUUGUUACGAUCAAAGUUCAUCAAUCGAUAACAACCAUUUGCGUUAUCUCCCGUGGCUGUAUUCUCAUAGCUAUAACAGCUGUUGAGAUACCAAGGAAUACUCAAAAAUUGAAUAUAUAAGUAUCAGAGAAUUUUGUUCGUUCCUUUGCUUUUGACCUUUUCGCAUGUCAGUUCGAAGCUUUGCUUAUUUCACCACGAUGAAUCGUAUGUUGCUGUGCAUUGCUUUUUCGUUGCUCGUUGCUGUUGGCAACUGCAGUCCGUUCAAUGACUGUGGCUCUAAAACUGGGACACCUACAAGUGUGAAAGUCACGGAUUGUCCUGAUGAUGCUGAUGAGUGUGUUCUGAAGCGUGGUACCACAGCAGGCAUCGAAGUAGAUUUCACUGCUGGUGCUGCAACGAAGACUCUAAAGACCAGCGUGCACGGAAUUAUUGCCAACGUGCCCAUGCCAUUCCCUCUGCCCGAGCCAGACGCGUGCAAAACUGGAGUGACGUGCCCAGUGACAAAAGGCUCGACGUACAUUUAUAAGAACAAUCUGGCCAUCAGACAGAUAUACCCAGCACUCGAAGUAACUGUCCGUUGGGAGUUGAAAGACGAUUCUGGAGCUGAUAUGGUUUGCGUCGAAAUUCCUUGCCGCUUGGAAUAAGUCUAAAAAUAUAAAAUUCUAAAGCUAAGUGUUCUUUUCAUCUUUAAUAGUGACACUACUGGAAAAUCACGAACAUUAAAAUUAUAACUUUAUUCUGACAUGAAAAAACAAACUUUGAGCAUCAACCAUACUACUAUAUAUGACUAGAAAAAAAACUGAGGUUUGUUCCUUUUCUCUGAUGCAUACAAAAUUCGCAAUAUUUGUUUAGAACAAAAGAAGAAAGGAACGUUUUGUGUUCAAACAGUCAAUGUAUUUUUAUUUAUAUUUAUUACGACAUAUUUAAAUUUCAAUAACAUAUGUACCAUGAAAGUUAAUAAAUGCUUCUGUACGAAAA